AUGGCUGCUGGAGGAGAGAGAGCCAAGCCUGCUGUCCAGUCUGGGAUGGAGAACUUCCGAAAGGUGCGGACGUCGGAGGAGGAGAGCCCAUUGCCCUUCUCUGACCUGCCCCCAGACGUGGUGGAGAUGAAAGUGAAGGAGGGCAGCAAGAUCAGGAACCUGAUGAACUAUGCCAUGGCCCAGAUGGAGCUGAAGGGCAGAAGGCAAAUCGUCUUCAGCGGCUGUGGCAGGGCAGUGACCAAGACCAUCACCUGUGUGGAGAUCAUGAAGCGGAAGCUGGGGGGUCUUCACCAGGUCACCAAGGUACGUUACAAAACCCUGCUGGAGGUCUGGGAGAACCAGGACCCUCUGCCAGGUGGCCCAGCGCAGAACCUGACCGUCCAUAAGAACGUCCCCUCCAUCUGCAUCCUGCUCUCCAGAGACCCCCUGGAUCCCAACGAGACAGGCUACCAGCCCCCAGAGCCCCAGCCCGGGCUGGAGGCACAGCCUACAGAGGCAGCAGAAGACAUCUCAGGGGCCUCCACCAAGGGGCUGAAGCGGCCCCUGCCACCUCCUCGUGAGGAGCUGCUAACCAAGAAGUUGCAGGUACAGGUAGCAGGCAGUCCGAGGGGCACGGGGACCACCGACCACCAGGCAGAGCACAACCAGUGA